CGUUUUUCAUUUUUCGUUGCUAACGUCAUAUUAUACGAAUUUUCGCCUUCGAUGUCGACAGAAAUUUAUUCACUUUUACCACACGUGUUUUGUUUUUGACUUUUUGUCCAGGUUUACUUAAAUCAUUCUAUAGAUUUAUUACGAUACAAAAUGGGUUUCGCUAAUGUAUGGUACUCUCAUCCUAGACGCUAUGGCCAAGGAUCUCGUUACUGGUAAGUAACCUAUAAUUUUGUCUCCAGUAUAGGCGUCAUUUGAAAUUUCAGAAAUAUAAAUAAUGAGUUCACUGAUUUUUAUGUAUUCCCAAAUUCAAUAUAGCCGAUAGUAUGAUUAUUACAUUGGUGUAUUCAUGUUAUGAAAAAAAAAAAAAAAAACAGAAAAUUAUUUGUAAGGUUGCGUAACUACUAAUUUGCAACACCGAUAAAAAUGGUGGAGUAACAGUUUUUAUCUUUUACUAUCCCGUAAUGAUGCCUAUGGUUUUGAGUGUUGUGUCAUGAUACAGCAGCUUUUUUGUUAAAUAGGGGAGUAGAAAAGGCUGAAGUUCUUUGGAGACUGUAGAAACUUGCCAUUUAACAAUGGCAAAUUUUCAUUUUUAUUAAUAAUAUAAUAUUGUUAUUUUGUGGGAUAAGUAGGAUUUGUUCUUUCCAGGGUUUGUAACUUGUAUCAUACAUGUAUAUUUUAAUAUAAUAUACAAUUAUACAUUUUAUUAUAAUUAAUUGAUUAAUUGUGUACCUAUGUUUAACACAGCAUUUAAUGUACCUACACAGUAUUGAUUUAAAUUUUUUUUAACAUUUGAUUAUAGUAGAGCGUGUACAAACCGACACGGUCUCAUCAGGAAAUACGGCAUCAACUUGUGCCGUCAGUGUUUCCGGGAAUACGCAAAUGAUAUAGGUUUCAAGAAGGUGAGUUUGUGGCUGUUACUCAUUUUGUUUAUAGGUUUGUCUAAUAUUAUUUUGUUUAUGUUUUCAGAUGGACUAAACAUUAAUUUGUUUGAUCUUGACUACAUCUGACCACAAACACUCACCACCCUAUGUGGUCAAAUAAUUUUUUGUCUAUACUAUUUUUAAGUCAAUAAAUGAACUUAAGUUGAAAACAAAUCACAAUUUUUUU